CAGCUGGCUGCAUUUCAUUUGUUAAUACGGAGCCACACGGUCGACUAACAUGAAGACUGUCGGGUUGAAUAUUGUGAUUUUAUCGUUUGCUUUACUUGUUUCAGCUCAAGUGCCAAGAAAAUGUUCGGCACCACCGAAGUACCCGCACACCAGACUAGUGGAGACCACCGUACAGAAGUUCAUCCGUGGGGCGAAGGUUUAUUAUGACUGCGCAGAGGACUUCACUCCCUUCAGUGGGAACAGAGAUGUGCGGUGUAAUGGUGGGAAAUGGACUACACUGACUCUAAAAUGCGAAAAGGUAUCAUGUGGUAAUGCCGGAGAUCUGCCUAACGGAGACUUUCAGUAUGAAGGGAAUUCAUUCGGGGAGAAAGUUAAUGCUGUAUGCAAUGCGGGAUACACUCUAAAAGGACCCCACUACAUGAUAUGCAAGAAGUCUGGCUGGGCUGGUGAAGUCCCAUCUUGUGAAGCGGGAGAGACCACCUGCUCCACCCCUGCAGUGAACAACUCUGUGAGCAGUGCUGCAGAUGUUUCUGUAUACCGGGUGGGUGACCAUAUGACCUUCACCUGCAGUCAGGGCUUCCAGCUGGAUGGAGCUCAGCGCAUCACGUGUGGUCCCGGUGGCGUGUGGCAGCAUCAGCCGCCUCGCUGUCUGCCUUCACCUGAUGCAACUCAGUCACCCAUAAAAGAAACAGGGGGAUGCGGUGUGCCGGUGGCCACCGACAACGUCAACCUCGCUGACAAGUACAUCACAAAGACUUCUUUCAAAAGUGGUGACAGAGUCCUUUACGUGUGUGAUGUCGGAUACACGCAAGCGGGAGGCAGCAGAUAUCGCAGUUGCAUCAAGGGAAUGUGGACACCGCUGAUGCUAAAAUGUGAACGAAAGUUGUGUGGCACUGCAGGAGAGAUUAUAAAUGGAGACUUUACAUAUACUGGAGUGGAGUUUGGAGACCAAGCUACAGCUGUCUGUAAUGAGGGGCAUAUUCUUGUAGGACGGGCAACCAGAAACUGCUUGAGCAAAGGCUGGGACGGACGUGUUCCUGCCUGUGAAGCUGUGGUGUGUGAGGAGCCUUCAAGAGUAACAAAUGCAGAGAUGCAAGGCCCUCAGGAGCCACCGUACACAUACAGGACUGUGAUCAGCUAUCACUGUCGUGUGGGAACUCUGAUUGGAAAAGGGAACAUUUGGUGCACCAAGGAUGGGACGUGGAGUGAUUCUCCUCCUGAAUGCAAAGAAAUAACUUGUCCAUCUCCAAAUGUGCCCAACGGCUACUGGAGGAAAGCUCAGAGAGAGUUGUAUCGCGAAAGCGACGUUGUAUCCAUCGAGUGUAAAAGGGGAUACGCAAAGAGCAGCCGGGGCACGGUUACCUGUGGUCAUGAUGGCCGAUGGUCCCCUCGCCUGCCUAAAUGUAUACCACAACACAGGAGGCGCAACUAAGCUAGCUGAAAUGUGAACGACUGUGAACAGGAUGGAAAUAAGCAGCUCUUAAGCGUAACAACGUCUUCCUUCUAAAAGCCACCUUAUUUUAAUAAUGCACUUAUAUUUUCUUACGUGCUCAUACAACUUGUAUAAACUCAUUAUACAGACAUUAAAAUGUUUGAAAUGAA